CUUGUGAGAACAAGAGAAGUUUCGUGCCCUCUGAAAAGAAUAAAAGAAUAAAAAAUAGGCACAUAGUCCAGAAAAGUAUUCAUUGUGUUGUAAAUUACAUCUCCAGUAGGUGACGCUGUCUGCUCACAUGCAGCAUUUCCUUCCAAUGGGAGGCACACGAAUGCUCGAGGCUACAACUCCCCGUCUCGUCAUCAUUUGUAACCAUAGAGCAUGAAUUACCUCUUGAAGUCAUCAGUGAGAAUUUACGACUGGUCAACAAAAGCACGUGAUUCCCAAACGCACCCCCACCCCCAUAUUUGGCCGCAUACAUAGCAAAAACGAAGUACAGUGCAUUGCUAUAAUUCAUUAAUACAUCAUAAAUCGUGAAGCACAGCGUUAUAACGACCAAGAUCUACAAAUCAAGCUCGCUAAAACAACCUAAAUGAGCUCUUACUUUGUAAACUCGUUCUCAGGGCGCUACCCAAAUGGCCCUGACUAUCAGUUACUAAAUUAUGGAACUAGCAGCAACGCUAUGAACGCCUCGUACAGGGACUCCGGCACCAUGCAUUCAGGCUCUUACGGCUACAACUACAAUGGGAUGGACCUAAGCGUCAACCGUUCAGCCAGCACUGGCCACUUUGGGGCGGUUGGGGACAAUUCCCGGGGCUUCCAGUCUCCAGCCCCGGAGACGCGAUUCCGGCAGCCGUCAAGCUGCUCGCUCGCAUCCCCGGAGCCGCUGCCCUGCUCUAACAGCGAGAGCCUAGGACCCAAAGGCUCUUCACCCCCUUCCGACCAAAGCUCUUCCGCUGCGAGUAGUAACCUCACCAACAGUACACAUUUUACAGAAAUCGACGAGGCCAGUGCUUCAUCUGAAACCGAAGAAAGCUCCCACAGAGCGGCCAACCAAGCUCCGCGGACGCUGCAGAAGCAAGAGACCACGGCAACCUCCACCAGCUCGGCGACUACCGAUGGCCAAGCGCCACAAAUAUUCCCUUGGAUGCGGAAACUACAUAUUAGCCAUGAUAUGACUGGACCAGAUGGAAAAAGGGCCCGAACUGCCUAUACCCGUUAUCAGACGCUAGAGCUGGAAAAAGAGUUCCAUUUUAAUAGGUAUCUCACCCGGAGGAGAAGGAUAGAGAUAGCCCACGCUCUAUGCCUCUCAGAACGUCAAAUUAAGAUCUGGUUCCAAAACCGGCGGAUGAAAUGGAAAAAGGACAAUAAAUUGAAGAGCAUGAGUUUGGCUACCGCAGGUAGCGCUUUCCAGCCAUAGUGCUAACGCAGAUAAUGCUGUAAGUGCUGCAAUGAAAUUUCGAGGGGAGAAUAGAUGAGGAAAAUUUCAAUAGACUUACCGAGUACUGUAAAAGCGGCACCUUUCGGCAUGUUUUGGGGUAUUUAAGUCAAUUUAACAUUUUACUGUGGUACUGCUAAAAUUAAAACAAAUUAGUGUUCACAUGCUGUUCUUUUAAUAAUUUGAUUAUUAUUUCGAGAGAAAAUGAACAAAAAAAAAUGCCGCUCGUUGUUCUUGCUAUGAAUAUUGUUUGUCAAGUGCUAUGUAUAAUGCUUUGAGAGUUAGCAUGUUAACUAAAUGUUAUAACUUAUUUACUACCUGUAACUUGUAUAUCAUUGAGUUUACAGCGAUGCUUCUGCCCAAAUAUGAAGUGAUGCUCUUGUUAGCUAGCUCUAGUAGUGACUGCAUUCAUUUUAGCAGAAGUAAGGCUUCUGUGUUUCAUGGUCAUAUAUGUUUGAAGUCAUUGUCUAGAUAAACUCAUUAGACUUUUGUCUUGUGCUCAAAUUCUUCAAUUAUUUUUUAAAAAAAUGGAAAUUUGUAAAUAGUCUUAGAGUCCUGUAUCCGUCCUACGUGUGUAUAGUUAUAUUCAAAUUAUGUAAUUGUAUAUUCCUGGAUCAUGUUCAUGUUCCUAAAAUGCUGUACAUAUUGAACACUUUUAUUGUGAUCAUUUGGCUAUUUGUAGUAGGCAGAGUGAAUGGCAAAUGUGUGUGUGGGAAAAAAAGCCAUGUCGAACUGCCUGUACGCAUUUUGCCAAUUAGCUUUUUGUAUUUGUUUGUAGCUUAUCUUGGAGUAAAAAAUAAAGUUCUCAUAUUAUUCAGACCCA